AUGGUGCUCAAUAAAGAGACCCGCCAAAUCAAGUUUUCUAUUCAAAAACCCAAAAAGCCGCCCACCAAGCGCAGCGGCCAGCCGGCGUGUGUGCGCUGCCGCCGCCGGCACGCCAAGUGUGACGGCAAUGGGGGUCCCUGCUCCCAGUGUGCGGCCGCGCGCAAGAAGUGCGAGUACCAGCAGGCCGAGCGCAAGGUGCUUCUCAAGGAGUCCGUCGUGACAGAAAUGCACGACCACGCGGCACAGCUCGCGGCCGAAAACGCACGGCUGCGCGCACUGCUCGAUGACGCGGCGCCAUCCAAGGGCCACACUCUUGUCGACACCGAGCUGCACAGCGCACUUUUGAAAGAUAACCCGGCAGCCAUAACCAGUAUAACCGUUGUUGUGUCCAAGAUCGGCCACAUCUGCAACGUCGCCGUCGGCACGGCUGCCGCACAAGUGUUUUUGCCCUUCUACAACGACGCGCUCGCCGCCAUCGACACGUUUGAAGCGUACACCGCCGGCUAUUACUUUCUCAACAGCGGCGUGCUCAAACAAAAAUUGUACGAGUUAUACGACGCCGACGAAAUCGACAGCCUGCCCUCGCACGCCAGCGCGCUCGCCAUCUGCCAACUCGAACUCGUUCUCGCCCUUUCCGAGCUGUUCCAACACCCCAGACCGUGUGCCACUCCAAUCCGGCUGUCCGGACUGCUCCUGGCUUCGGGAACAGUUCACAAUGUCGCAGACAUAGACGGCCUCGAGACGCUGCUGCUGUACAGCUACUUCCUCCUCCAGACGCGCGGCCUCGACGCCGCCAGUUAUACUUUGCAAGCCGCGCGUCUCGCACUCACACGCCAGUACCACUGCGACGCCGAACAGGACCACUCCGCCGCCACAGAGCACCGCCGCCGGCUGCUCUGGACAAUAUACGUUCAGGAACGCGUGAUCGCCGCAGCCCAGGGCUCGCCGGUGCUGCUGCACGACCACAUUCUCCGGUGCGAGCUGCCUGGCACUGCCCGCUUCGAACACCAGCACCCGUUCGUGUUCCCAGACCCGGAACCGCAGCUCGAACUCAUUGCCGUGACCAAACUCAACUGUAUGGUCUUACGUAAGCUGCACCCGGCACCACCCAACUGUAUAGCCACGGUGCGCGAGAUGGUGGUGGGUCUGCUGCGGUGGAAGCGUGCUGUGCACGAGAGCGUCGACUGCGACUAUAGUCUCAAGGAGGUGCACAACUCGCGCGCCACGGCCAAUAUCAUGCUCGAGUACUUCCAGGGCCUGAAUCUCGCCGUGCGCCCGCUGCUGCUCGAGCACUCCGUCGCCCAGCGCGGCCGCGGCUUCAUGAGCCUGCAAGACUGCCCAAGCACAGAGCUCUCGCUGCUCAACGCGUCGUUCCAGGCCUCCAUGAACACCGUGCGGUGUCUCUGGAGCCUGUGGGAGAGCGGCCAAUUUGUGCAGGGCGGCCGCUCCGAUUUGGAGUAUCUAUACAGUGCGGUGGCCACGCUCGUGUUGUUCAACGUGACUUUCGGCGUGCACGAAACCACGCGGUUCCACAUAGACCAUGCGCUCGCCGUGAUGCACGGCCUGGCGCAGUGCGACGGAGCGCGGCUCGGCAGGCUGUUCCUGGCACAGACGCUGGCGUUGCUGGAAGCCCUGGACGGCAGCGAGCAGCCGCUGCUGGCACGAUACCGCACAGAUGGCCCGGCAACCACACACCAGGGCUUUGCGGCCAACGUGUCGGUCGACGAGAUGCUCUCUGCUCUUUUGGUCACGUGA